GUAGAAUACAACAUAAAAACGUGCUCGGCUUCUCUGACGUCUCAACAAUUCACGCGAUAUUCUACAACUUAAAUAAAUUCAAAUUUAAAAAAGCACUUAUUAAUCUUUGUGUUCGAAUAAAAAUAAAUGUGACUUUACCAGCUAAUUUCUGUUAAAAUUACGUUUUAAUGACUAUAUAGUUAUAGGUUAUAAUCGACAACAAUUCCACAAAUACAAAAAUUGGCGCCAAGAAAUCCGCGAGAAAAUGGAAGAAAAACGUCGAAAACUAUCACAAAUUCGACUGGAAUCUGUCCUGCCUGAUGAACUCAUCGAAAACACUCCAUUAAUCAAUGUUUUCACAGCGACGGUCAUCGAUCCAAAGAAUAUCUCCAAAGUAAUACUUGAAAUAAACCAGCUGCUACCAAUUCCAGACUUGCAACAUUUAAAACGAAUGAAAUCUAGGAACAUUUUACUUUUUCCUGUUGCAUGGAUAGAUAAUUCCACAAACGAAGAAGUUAGAAAUUUUUUACAAACAAAAAACAUCUCUAUACAAUAUUUAAACAUAGAAGAUAUAAAAACAGUCUCUGUAGCUGCAAUUCCACCGAAAACUAAAAGUCAGUACACAGUCAUCAAUCAAUUAUGGCCGUGCAACUUUCACAGCAACAAAUAUCUGGAGCAACUCGUAGAAAACACAAUAUUUUCAUCCGAAGAACUAGAAACACACACGAAAUUCCUCCGAUUAGCGAUGGAAAUUCGAAAAAAAUCAAACGGAAAUAAAUGCGGCGUGAUUGUGACAGAUCCUCAAAGAAAUGACCUUAUUUUAUCAGGCGGAUACAGUAUGGCUGAGAAAAAUCCAAUUCUACACGCUGCGAUGGUUGCGAUAGAUGGCGUUGCGAGAACACAAAAUGGCGGAGCAUACAAUGAGUACCCAAUCGAUAUUGACUGGGAGAAUCUUCUUCAAGGUGACUUUAAAGGCGUUGCUGUCAAAGAGAAAGUAAACAAUGUUUAUGAAAUCGAUGAAAGUGAAUAUUUAUGUACGAAUUACAAUAUUUACAUGACUAAUGAGCCGUGUACGAUGUGUGCGAUGGGGUUGAUCCACAGUCGAGCUAAAAGAAUAUUCUAUAUUUAUCCAAGUCAAAAUGGCGCAUUGGGUACAACGUGUAAAAUUCACGCAGUGAAAGAUCUCAAUCAUCAUUAUGAAGUGUUUAAAGUUGCAGCAGAAGAUAUAGAUUAUUUCCAAUGUGAAUAAAAUAAAAUAAAAUAAAAUAAAGUUUGAUGUUUGA